AUGGGAGAUGCAGCCAAUGGAGGGGUUGGCGGGGGGGUGCACAAGGUGUUCUGCAUCUCUGUCAGAGGCGAAGUGGGACAGAUCGAGGGUUGUCAGGCAAAGCAGCUGGGCUUCAGGAAAAGUAUUCAUAAGCUGAAGGAAAAGGCCAAGAAGCGAAAGGGACGAGGCUUUGGCUCUGAGGAAGGUGCUCGUUCUCGACUUCGUGAAGACUAUGAUUCAGUGGAGCAGGACGGUGACGAACCAGGACCACAGCGCUCUGUGGAAGGGUGGAUUCUCUUUGUGACGGGGGUCCACGAAGAGGCCACAGAGGAAGAUAUUCACGACAAAUUCGCAGAAUACGGCGAAAUCAAGAACCUGCACCUCAAUCUGGAUCGCCGCACCGGCUACCUUAAGGGCUAUGCUUUGGUGGAGUACGAGACCUACAAGGAGGCCCAGGCAGCGAUGGAGGGACUGAAUGGCUCGGAGUUGGCGGGCCAGCCCAUCAGCGUGGACUGGGGCUUUGUCCGAGGACCACCCAAGAGCAAGAGGCGGAGUGGGCGCAGGAGGAGCCGGAGUCCAGAUCGGAAGCGACAUUAACAGCGACAUUGACAGGAGCCAAUGGAAUAGCGGGUGGGUGGGCGGGAGGGGAGAGGGCGUGGGGUGUUCUUUGCCAGAUGUUUGUGUGUGUGCACUUUUGUCUCUGUGUCGACUUGAUCCUGAGCUAUCUUUUUAUUGGGGUGGGGGGGACAUUUCAGCAAUGCGUGGUUUGGUGUUUAUCAAAAAAAUAAAAAAAGUUUUCAAUUCA